GUGAAGAAAUAUUUUGGAUUUUUGUCAUUUCCAGGCAAAUAAUAUUAUGCAAAAAUCGGGCAUGUAAAAUGGACAGCGAAUAAGAUGAGUAAGGCGGUGUGGCAGGUGUGUGCGUGCGUGUGUGCCAACGCAACCUCUCCCCCUCCCACUCGCACUCGUUCCACUAAUUGCUUCCACUACGGCAAGCGGAAAACACAAAGCCGGCGCUUUAUCACGCUUAUCAGCAAACAACGUAAGCGCAACCUACAUAUAGCCACACUUUACUCCCGACUUCCCGGCGAUGGCGUAAUUGUUUUGAUAAUGCAAACAAUGAGCGCUCGUCCAUUUUUAGCCGGGCGACAUUGAAGAGAAAUUAAAAGUAAAUAAUAGUGGAAGGUCGCGCCGAGUAUCGGCGUUUAAUAAUUAAUUUGUUGGCCAAUUUUGGCAAAUCGAGCUUGGCCGCGGCACUGCAUGUUUUAUGCUUUUGCCAUAAAUGGCCGGGUUUUCCUUUUGGUUUUUCAAACUGCUCAGUUGCCUUUUUCGGAGCACUGAGCUAAAUUAAAAAACAAAAAAAACUGCAAAAUGAAAAACACUAAUACCAUUUAGCGGUCUUAUCGGACGCUCUCCUUCUCCCGCCCGCACAGCAGCAGGCGAUAGAGAGAGACAGAGGGGGAGAGCAACAGGUGGCCGGUACGGUGGCGAGUACCGUUAGAUAUUCCAGCAAUUGCGUAACUAAUUAAACAAUUGCCUGCAAUUAAGUAAACAUACUUGCACAAAUUCAUGGAAUACUUUUGAAAACAGAAAGGGAAAAUCAAAGAUUGAAUGCUUUGUUGAAAUAUUUUCAGUUAUUCCAUUUCUUGGGACUCACGCACUAUUAAAAACGCUCAAGCUACAUUAAUAAGCAAAUCGAUUCUGUCUAGUGAAAGGUGAGAGAAAUAAGUGGUUGGAACGAAGUGGGUCAAGAUAUACCGCAGCUUAAUCUUUACCUAGGGCGAAUAGAAAACACGAGGGCCGAAUAGAGACCCUGGGGCCAGCUAAGGGUUAAGGCACAACAAGAAAAUCGCGAAAAUACCAAGACGAAGACGACGACGUAAUCGCUUUGCAAUUUCAAUGCGAAAAAAGACAGCGACAAAUUGGAGCAAUUGCUGAACCUAACCAAACUUUGGAGUCCCCUUUCGCAGAGCAACAACAACAAGGUGGCUUCUUCGCUUAAUUUGGAGAACAUAUAGAUUAGUAAGGAAUGUGCAACCAACUCCCAGUCUCUUGAC